AUGUCCCAAUUGAUUAGCCAGCUGCUCCAAAAAAAACAAUUCAUCAGCAAUCGUAGCUACGAGCUGGCGAUCCAGCCUUUGGACUACAAGGUGUUCCUCAAACCCGACACAAUGGUGCCCAUCCGAGGAUGUCUUGUUUUGAGGAUCAAGAAAAAGCAAAUCAAUGUCCCCUCGCUCACAGUCCAGUUGAUUGGGAAAACACAGCUUGACAAGUCAACAGAGACACAGAUCAACCCCAAACGGCAGUGGCACUGCAAUUGGAUGGAGCAAGGCACGUACUACUUCCCCUUUGAGUUUUUACUGGACGGUAACGUUCCCCAAUCUUUCUCACACCACAUGGGUAACGUUAGCUAUUUCUUGCAGAGCGAGAUAAUCAACCCUGAAUCCACCUUUAAGGUGCAGAAAUGCAGGCUAUUGCUUACCGUAGUGAGAUGUCACAUGUGUCCGGAAGUUGAAGACUCAAUUGCAUUUGGUAACUGGAGAAAUCUGCUGAUCUAUAGAAUGUCCGUGAAUAACAAGACGAUUUAUUUGGGAGACUUCAUUCGCAUCAACUUGAAGCUCGUUCCCCUGCAAGACGACCGCUACAAGAUCCAUCGAGUCAAGAUCAGUCUUGUUCAGCACACACGAAGGGGACUAAAGGUGCACAAGGAAACGGUUCCCUUGUACAACACGGAGCCGCCUGGCAACGACCUCGAAUUGCAGCUUCCGGUAGAAGCUAGCUACAUUAGAUUCAAAAAAAGCAACAUCCUGGUGUACCCUUCGACAACGCUCUCUAACACUAAAGGGGUGCUCGAGAUAUCGCACAAGGUGGAAAUAAGCCUGCUGGUGGAGGAGCUUAGCUGCUUGCAAAACUCUCCACUAUCUGCCAGCCGCUCUGGAUCCUCUAAAUCUAGCCAGAACAUCGACUACGAUUGGGCCAUGUCGAAUGCUUCGAUGAUUGACGAAACUGGUACAUCGGGGAACAAAAGAAUACAGCUUACUAUGUCAACGAAAUUGCAAGUUCUAAGGCAUGAAAGCCAUUUGGCAGUCGAGCCUCCCCCAAGUUACAAUCAUACCCUCAAGUUCCCACCAGAUUACUCAAUCGGAUGCUAA